CAACUUGACAUCUGUGAAGAUUUGAUGCGCCAUCUUGGCUUUCUCUGCUGUCAUUUUCGUUCGUCGAUAGCGUUUUUGAGAUUUGUGUCGUGUAGUUUUGCCAUAACUAUUUGGUAAAUAUAAUAUGAAGUGCACAUUAACAUUUGAAUAUCAUUAUAAUUGAUGUUAUUACAUAAUUUUGUAAUAAACUUACAAAUAUAACCGAAACCAACAUGUCCACUACAACAGUGCAAAAUCAAACAAAAAAUAAUAAUGGAACAGCAACGAAGCCUCAGAAGACCUAUGGCAAGAUUGUGCUCACCCUCCACAACUGUCUUUUACCAGAAUCAAUUUUUAAACAGACGCCAUCACAAGUUGAUGGACUUGACAUUGAAACCGAAACUGACCUACGAAUUUUAGGUUGUGAAAUGAUUCAAACUGCAGGUAUAUUACUUAAAUUGCCCCAAGUAGCGAUGGCUACUGGUCAAAUGUACUUACAAAGGUUCUAUUACUCGAAAUCUUUUGUGCGAUAUCCAAUGGAAACUACAGCUAUGGGAAGUAUUUAUUUGGCUUCAAAAGUCGAAGAGAAACCAUGUAGAAUACGUGAUGUGAUUAAUGUGUUCCAUCAUAUAAAACAAGUGAGAGCACAAAAAACCAUAUCUCCCCUGAUAGUUGAUCAAAAUUACAUAGAACUGAAGAAUCAAGUAAUUAAAGCCGAGAGACGAAUACUUAAAGAAUUGGGCUUCUGUGUACAUGUGAAACAUCCACACAAACUUAUUGUUGUUUAUCUCCAACUACUACAAUAUGAGAAGAACAGACAACUCAUGCAGUUAGCCUGGAACUACAUGAAUGAUGCCCUCCGAACUGAUGUAUUCAUGAGAUUCCCACCAGAAACCAUUGCCUGUGCUUGCAUAUAUCUGACAGCCCGUAAAAUUGGACUGCCAUUACCCAAUAAUCCUCACUGGUUUCUACUAUUCAAAGUACCUGAAGAAGAUAUUAGAGAAGUCUCUUUAAGAAUUUUACAACUUUACAAGAGACCUAAAGUCAAUCCCGAAGAAUUGGAGAGCAAAGUGGAUGCUUUAAAGAAAAUCUAUCAAGCGAACAAACAUAUACAGGCACAGAAAGACAGAGAAGCGAAGGCAGAGGAAAAGAAGGCAGACUCUCCAGCUGCAUCUACUUCUAAAGAAAGUAAACGGGACAUUAAGAAAGAAAAGUCCCCAAAAACUCCACCAUUAUCCAAAUAUCACAGUAGCGGUCAUAAGAAAAGAGAACGACGGUCCCGAUCACCUUAUGAUCGUAAACGAGAUUACUCGAGUAAACGGCAUAAGUCACGUUCAAGGGAUAGAGAACUGGAUCGUUCCCGCGAAAGAAGAAUGGACGACAAGAGGAGUCGAGUGAUGUCAAGGAAGUAUGAUGAUUAUGACCGUGCUAAGUCGAGUCGGGAUGGACGAGACAGCAGGGAUGAGAAGCGCAAACAUUAAAUAUAUAUCUUUUAAAUUAGUGUAAUUUCAUAAAUACACAA